AGGAGCACCUGUCGUCCCAGCAUGCUUUGCGUGUCCAAUAUGGAGGAACUGGCGGUGGAGGUCCGUGGCUCCAACGGGGCUUAUUACAAGGGCUUUGUCAAAGAUAUCCACGAUGACUCUCUCACCAUUGCCUUUGAGAACAAUUGGCAGCCAGAGCGCCAGGUGCCCUUUAAUGAUGUCAGGAUGCCACCGCCCACCGACGGCAAGAAGGACAUUGGAGAAGGCGAAGAGGUGGAGAUUUUGUCCAGAGCCAAUGAUCAGGAGCCUUGUGGUUGGUGGUUGGCUAAAGUCCGCAUGAUGAAGGGAGAUUUCUAUGUGAUAGAGUAUGCAGCCUGCGAUGCAACGUACAAUGAGAUCGUGACCUUUGAGCGUCUGCGUCCAAUCAACACCAACAAGGCCAUCACCAAGAACUCCUUUCACAAGUGCACUGUCCCUGUUCCUCAGGAUCUACAAGAAGCAUGCCAGAAUGAGAACGCCCAUAAGGAAUUUAAGAAAGCUGUGGGAGCCCUUCGCAUCUCAUACUGCCCUGACACCAGCCAACUAGUGAUUAUGUCCAUGAAUGAGGCGACAGUGAAGCGUGUGUCUUUGCUGAGUGACAUGCACCUGCGCAGCAUCAGGACCAAGCUGUUGCUUAUGUCACGCAACCAUGAGGCAACAAAACACCUGGAGAGCUCCAGGCAGCUGGUGUCAUCCUUCCAGGAGGAGUUCACGGUAAGAACAGAUCUGAUGGGCCUGGCCAUCGGCAGCCAUGGCAACAACAUCCAACAAGCACGGAAAGUUCCAGGUGUCACUGCCAUCGAGCUGGAUGAGGAGACUGGCACUUUCAGGAUCUAUGGAGAGUCAGCAGAGGCAGUGAAAAAGGCCAGGAACUAUUUAGAGUUCCUGGAGGACUCUGUCCAGGUCCCAAGGAACCUCGUUGGCAAAGUGAUCGGUAAGAACGGAAAGGUCAUCCAGGAGAUUGUGGACAAGUCGGGCGUGGUCAGGGUCAGGAUAGAAGGAGACAAUGACAACAAGCAGCCCCGACAGGAAUCGACACAGGGAAUGGUCCCCUUCACCUUUGUCGGUACUAAGGAGAGUAUUGGCAACGUCCAGGUCCUGCUGGAGUACCACAUCUCUUACCUCAAUGAGAUGGUGGAGCUUCUUGUGGAGAACCAGCAGCUUGAGGAGGAGCUGAGGCAGAUUGUGGAUUGUUCACAGGGACACAGCCUAGCAAGAUUCAGAAAAAGCAACACAAGGCACAGUGAAUGUGAUGAGGUCGAGCAGCUUCGUCUCGAGAGGAUGCAGAUUGACGAACAGUUGCGUCAGAUCACCCAGAGUCACCGAUCAUCUGACAGGGAAAGAGGAGAGAAAGGAGAGAGAGGAGGAUAUAAUACGGAUGGCAGUGCUAAUGCCUCCUCAUCCUCUUUACAUGGCAGUCGCUCCUAUAAUAGCAGAGGGCGUGGCCGCAGAGGACACAGCUACAGCACUGGAUAUGGCACCAACUCAGAGCAGUCCAACGCCUCCGAGACCGACUCAGAGCGCAGGGAAGAGCUCAGUGACUGGUCACUGGCUGCAGAGGACCAGGAUAGGGAGAGGGAGAGAGGCUCACGGCCACAAAGAGAUGGUCGCAGGAGGCCAGGACCUGGUAGAGGCAGAGGAGGACCUGGAGGACGGGGGAGAGGAGGAAGAGGAGGCUACAGCAACAACUAUGGAGGACAUCGGGACUAUGAGGAUAACAACGCCUACGGGGCCCAAGAGACAAACACAGAGACAGACCAGACAGCUGAUACAGAUGGCAGUGAGUCCAACUUGCCUGCAAACCGCCGCAGAAGAUCUCGAAGGCGCAGAACAGACGAAGAUGCUACGCUGAUUGACGGAUUGAGCGAGUCGGACAAUACCUCAGUCAGCGAAAAUGGAACAGAUGACCCAGAGGCAAAAUCUCAGCGUCGUAAUCGUAGUCGCCGCCGCCGCACCCGCCUGCCUGAAGAGAGGCAGCCAGUGACUGUGGCUGACUACAUAUCCAGGGCUGAGUCUCAGAGCAGACAGCUCAACACCCAGGACUCCAAGAAAAGCAAGGAUGUGGGUCAGGUGGAUACCAUCGCUGAGAACAGCCCGCCGUCUGCCCCAGCAACCACCAAUGGUUCUAGCAGCAACGCUGGAGACAAAGAGGACAGCAGUCCCACCACAGCUACCAGAUCUUCCACUGAGAGGCCCGCCAAAGUCUCCUACGAGGGGGACUCUAGCCCUCAGCCUGUGGUCAACGGACUCUCCUAGUCAGGGUUCAGAGAGAGGAAAUGGUUUCGAAUAUUUGAAAUUAUUUGGCUGCACUUGAUUUAAUCUCCCCGUCUCUAAAGCAGCCUUACAAGUGAAAACAUUUAAAUACAAAGCACUGUUGAUUCUUUUUCACGACAUAUUACAAAUAUUUGAAACCUUUUUCACUGUGCAAGUUUCAGAGAUCUGAACCUUAACAUCCCCUUUACACACGUGUUCUCUCCAACAAUUCAUUUACAACUUUUUUUUAAAAUAAUAGUUCUUCCUGUAUGAGCUUGCCAAAGAUAGUCAAAUACACACACACUCACAGAAAUCUUCUUAGCUGUAUUUUUCAGCCCACUCUCCAUUGAGAGUUCAGGGAGAAGUCGGACUGAAUGCAGUAUUUAUAAAAUGCAGACAGGGAUUCCACUCAAACCAUACUGUGGUAUGAAUGCAGCAGUUCUUGUUUUUUAAAUGGUAAUAAAAAAUAUCACAGCAGGGUUUUAAAAAAAAAAAAGUCUGAAAGAUGCUUCCACAACUGUCUUUUCAGGAUGUUUUGUGCAUCUGAAGUAGUUUGUAAAUUAAGUAUUCUGCAUGAGCAGUACCACAGUGCAGAUAGGUUUGUUGGAAACCCCCGAGUAUGUCUGACAUACAUUUGAUCAGCUGUUGUGCCUUGAGAGUAGAUUCAACAUGUUGUUGCCUGGCUCUGCACACCGUCUGAAAUCUUUUUACUAAUUUCUGUGUUACCUGGUCAUCCUGGCCUGCAGCCACAGUUGAACCAGGUGUCUUCUUGGUCUAUAUGUAUGCCUGUGGCACUGCAGGAAAACACUGAAACAAACUGAAAGGAUUUCAGAGGCAUAUCUUUUUAAAAUCAGGUGUGUUACUUCUUAAUGUUUGUGAGGGGAAAUGAGUCCAGUUAUCCUUUAUAUAUAUAAAUAUAUCUGUUGAGGAGUUUAACAUUAGCUGCUUUCUGUUUUUUCAAUAUGCAACCACUUCAGUUAUAGAAGAAAUGUUAUUACAGCGUGUCUGGAAAAGAAGCAAACGAUAGAAGAGUUGUUUUCUUUGCACUGAAACAAUUUCUGUUAAAAAAAAGUUGAUUGUAGUCGAGUCUGAAAACUGGCCUGUUAAUUGUUUGUUGCUGGACAGAGAUGUAGCUGUCAGUGCUGGGUUUCCCAGAAACAUCUCACGGGACAGUCUGAGUGCCGUUUCCUCCUCAAAGUCAGCUGAAAUAAAAAGAAAGCGCGUUUGUUGUACUUGAGGUUACAACAUGCCCACUCAUUACAAAUGUCCUGUUUAAGUAUUAAAAACCAGACUGCCCUGUUGUUGAGAUGUUUCUAGGAAACCAAGUCAAGGUGACGAUGAUGUCAUUUUCAUGGUUCUUCCUCAGACUGGCUGGCUGGAAACUGGUCAUGACUGUUCCACUAAGGAAGAGAUUUAUUUGGUUUAUUUAUUUAAAAAAUGUACAGUAUUUAAAAAAAGACAAAAACAAGAGAAGCUCCUCUUCUUCUUGACACUAAAACAUGCGUUACCUUGGGUUUUCUUUCAAGACAAAAUGAAAAUUUGGACUGCUGAGAGUUGUGACAUCCCAAGAGUUUUUGUUGGGUCAGCAUAACUACAGUAUGUUUUUUCUUUUUCUUUUUUUUAAAAGGAUUGUUCUGGUUGGUUGAUGUGCAAUAUGUUUUGUAUGCAGGUAGUUCUUAAAUAAACUUGAUCUUUCAUGUAGAUCUAAAACAUGAA